CAGCUUCCCCUCCAUUUCCCUCAUGGCUUCCAGCUCGACCUGGAGAUCCUCUCCAUGGAUCGCUUCGUCUCCCGGAAGAGGCCCCGGAGCCCUCCGCCACCAACAACAACCGACGAAGAGUCCACCGACCUGAAAUUGGCCCUCCUGAUGUCACUCUUCCCAACCAUGACCCUGGACACGCUUAUGGAAAUCCUGGUUUCGAGCAAUGGCUGCGUGGAAACAGCCUCAUCCACUAUCAAAGCCCAAACUCAAACCCAGAUCCAAUCUGGCUCAGCACCUCCGCUCAAGAAACGCGCGACAGCCGUCCCAGGAACCCCAGCCAUCCAAACAUGCUUAAUCUCAACUCUCCCGAUCACCAUCCCCAAGCCUCUCACAAAGAAAGGUCAAACCCUCCACCUCUACUCCCCCGCCUCCAUAGCAGCACACACCCCCUGCACCCUGAUCCACAACUUCCUCCCCCCAUCCCUUGCAAACGCCCUCCUCUCCGAACUUCUCUCCGAAUCCCCGCACUUCACCAGACCCCACUUCCAACUCUUCGACCGAACAGUCCAAAGCCCCCAUUCAGCCAGCAUCUACGUCUCCACACCAGAAGACCACCACUCCCACACCUCAGAAUACACCUACGGCGGCACCUACCGCUCCAACGUCCGGCAAAUCACCCCGCACAUGCGCACCGUCGCCGCCAAAGUCCAACGCACCGUGAACGAGCAGAUCAAAGCCCGGGGCCCCAAGCUCCCUUUUCAAUCCCCACUAGAAUGGACUCCCAACGCCGCAUUCGUAAACUGCUACGCCGGCCCCACAGAAAGCGUAGGCUGGCACUCCGACGAGCUGACAUAUCUCGGCCCGAGACCCGUCAUCGGGAGCUUGAGUCUAGGCGUGGAGAGGGAGUUUCGCGUGAGGAAGACCCUCCCUGUUGACACCGACAAUGAGGAUGAAAAUAAUGGUGAUGGAGGCCAGAUCUCCAUUCACCUACCUCAUAACUCCCUCCUCAUCAUGCAUGCAGAGAUGCAAGAGGAAUGGAAACAUUCCAUUGUCCCUGCUAGGACGGUCAUUCCGCAUCCUGUUUCUGGUACGGCGAGGAUUAAUAUCACUUAUCGCUGGUAUCGCGAGUCGUUGCAUCCGCGGUAUACACCCCGUUGUCGGUGUGGGGAACAUACGGUGUUGAGGUGUGUGCAAAGGAAGAGGGAGAAUCGGGGGAGGUAUAUGUGGAUGUGUUACGCUGGGUUUGCGCCGGGGAAGAAGGGAUGUGGGUUCUUUCAGUGGGCGGAGUUUGAUGAUAAUGGGGAGCCGGUGUGGGGUUCGAGGGGAAGGGGGGAUAAUGGUGAGGAUGCGCCGAGGUUGAGAAAUUUUGUGGAGGGUAGGGUUGAGGAUGGGGAUGACGUCGAGGGUGAUGGUGUAUAGAUAGAUAUGAACUUGUGAUACCCUUUUUAUGUCAUUAUAACGUCCGAGACGGACUCAUAUGCAUAGUUCGAACGGAAAUCAUAUAACCCGC